AACUCCCACUCCAGAUCUUCAAACUAGUUAUCCUAUAUUUCUAUAUAUAUUCCCACCAUCAAACCCGAAAAAGAAAACCAAAGUCCAUUUCUUGAAAUUUACUCUUUACACUUUCACGAUUGAUUUCCAUCAAUCUAUUUUCUUCUUUUCUAUACCCAAAUUAACCAUGUACAAAUCCCCAACUAUUUUCCACUGUUUCAUCACCAUUAUUAUCAUCAUCAGUUUUGUAUUGUUAUCGGGAAGUGUGAGUGCUACAAAAUAUGAAGAAGAUAUUGGGAUUUAUGAGCUCAACAAUGGCCAUUUUUCUGUAAAAUUAACCAAUUGGGGUGCAACCAUUGUCUCUGUUUUUCUUCCUGACAAAAAUGGGAAAGUCGAAGAUGUGAUUCUUGGAUAUGACAAUAUCGAUACAUACAAGAAUGAUUCAACCUACUUUGGAGCUAUUGUUGGACGUGUUGCUAAUCGAAUAGGAGGAGCUAAGUUCACGUUAAAUGGGACUUCUUAUAAGUUACAUGCUAAUGAGAAGGGAAACAUUCUUCAUGGCGGCACUCCCGGGUUUAGCGACGUUGUUUGGAAGGUCAAAAAAUAUGAAAAAGAUUGUGAAUCGCCUUGUAUCACCUUCACAUACCACAGUUUUGAUGGCGAACAAGGGUUUCCCGGAGAUCUCAAAGUAAUGGUGACCUAUUCACUCCUCGGCAAGUACAAACUCCGCGUAAAAAUGGAAGCAAAAUCCCUAAACAAAGCAACGCCGGUGAAUUUAGCACAACACAUGUACUGGAAUCUUGGAGGCCACAACAGCGGCGAUGUAUUAUCGCAAAAAAUCAAAAUCUUCGGGUCUCAUAUCACGCCGACAGACGACGAACUCAUCCCCACCGGAAAAAUUGUCUCUGUCAAAGGUACGCCCUACGAUUUCCUCAAACCCUACACGAUAAAAAGCAAAAUCGGGGGACUUCCCGACGGCUAUGACAUCAAUUACGUGCUGGACGGAGAAAAGGGGAAGAAGAUGAAAGUCGCCGCCGUCGUGUGGGAUGAUAAGUCUGGUAGGUCGAUGAAAUUGACAACGGAUACACCGGGGGUGCAGUUUUAUACCGGAAAUUAUGUAAAAGAUGUGAAGGGAAAAGGGGGGUGUGUGUAUGAAGCGCACGCCGGAUUGUGUUUGGAGACACAAGGAUUUCCAGAUGCUGUUAACCACCGGAAAUUUCCGUCGCAGAUUGUGAAUCCCGGUGAGAUUUAUAAGCAUAAUAUGUUGUUUUCAUUCUCGAUCGAGGAUAAGAAAGAUUUGGGAUCGAUAUAAGAAUCUUUUGGUUUACAGAAGGUGGUUGUAAGUUUUUACCGGUGUGGUUAUCAUAAUUUUCAACUUGUGAUCUUAUUUCCCUUUUAACUUUUGGAAAUUGACAACUC